UCUUAACCUAAUUCAUUUUACGUUUACACAAUAUCAAAAUGAAGAAAAUUCCGAAAACAUGGAAAGAAUUAGGCGUAACUUUGCACGAAGAAGUUGAAAAUAGUAUUGAAUCCUUAAAUUUUCCCACUAUGACACCUGUCCAGGCCCAUACCAUACCUCAACUAUUAAAUAAAAAGGAUGUUGCUGUGGAGGCUGUUACAGGAUCGGGAAAGACCUUAGCUUUCCUAAUACCUCUACUUGACAUACUGAAGAAAAGAGAAGCUGAAGAGAAUUGGAAGAAGCAUCAAGUGGGUGCUAUCGUUUUGUCUCCAACUCGAGAACUCGCCUUACAAACUAAAAACGUUCUUGAGCAACUGUUAACUUCUGUCAAGAAUUUGACACAAAUAUUAUUUGUCGGCGGAAACAGUGUUGACGAAGAUAUACUUAAUUUUAAGCGUAAUGGUGGCAAUAUUGUGAUUUGCACACCCGGUAGGUUAGAGGAUUUAUUAACAAGGAGGCAAGAUAUAAACUUAUCGAGCCAUGUUAAGACUUUGGAAAUUUUAGUGUUGGAUGAAGCAGACCGAUUGUUAGAUUUAGGUUUCCAGAAUUCGAUAGACACAAUUUUAAGUUACUUACCGAGGCAGCGGCGGACAGGUCUGUUUUCCGCUACGCAGACAAAGGAAGUCGAAAAUUUGAUUCGGGCCGGUUUACGCAACCCUGUACUAGUAAGCGUCUCGGCGAAAGCCGCUCAAAGCACGCCUGAAUUACUAGAAAACUAUUAUAUCAUCACCAAAAAUGACGGUAAACUGGCAUCGCUGAUAUGCUUCUUGGAAGCGAAGCACGUACAAAAGGCGAUGCUGUUUUUACCGACAUGCGCAACGGUGGAUUACUGGGCGAGAGUUUUUCCUCACAUCUUGCCCAAGAAGUUAGAUUUACCGGUAAUGGCGAUACAUGGAAAAAUGAAAGUCAAACGGAAUAAGGUCCUAGAAAAUUUUCGAAAUGCUUCGAAAGCACUGCUCUUAUGUACAGACGUUAUGGCCAGAGGAAUCGACAUACCGGAAAUGGACUGGGUGCUACAAUGGGACCCACCGGCAAACGCUAGUGCUUUCGUCCACAGAGUAGGUCGAACAGCCCGGCAGGGGCAACAAGGUUCCGCUUUGAUUCUCCUUUUAGAAAACGAAGCGGCUUACGUACAUUUCAUCGAGACUAACCAAAGAGUCAAGCUGAAUCUUCUGGAAGAUGUCGCUACUGACGAAAAGAUAGAAGAAUUAAGGGAUAAAAUCAGAAACUUGCUCAAAACGGAUCGUGCUAUAAUCGAAAAAGCCACACAGGCAUUCGUUUCACAUGUCAGGGCAUAUUCAAAACAUGAGUGUUCGUUGCUGUUACGAGUGAAGGAAUUACCGUUGGGUGCUAUGGGCGCUGCAUAUGGGUUACUACAACUCCCCAAGAUGCCAGAACUCAAAAAUCGAGAUCUGUCCGAUUUUCCCGAAGUUCUCCAGUUGGACAUAAAUACAAUUCCAUACAAAGAUAAGACGAGAGAAAAGAUCCGGAAGCAGAAAUUGGAACAGUACCAGAAAACGGGUGUUUGGCCUGGCCACAAGCAGAAAUUCAUUAGAAAGCCUUCAGAACCUUGGUCGAUCACCAAACAAAAGAAAGAGGAUCGAAAAGAAAAAAAACUGAAGAGGAAGCAGUCGAAGCAAGCAAAACUGGCAAAGAACGAACCCCUGAAAAAGAAACGAAAAGGUAUAAGCGACGAGGACUUGGAGGAAUUAAAGAAAGACGUAGCGUUGCUGAAGAAACUAAAGAAAAAGAAGAUUUCGGAUGAAGAUUAUGAAAAAGAAAUCGGUUUGUUGUAAUUUUUUUUAAAAUAAAAUCGUGUUGAUGUUUU